GCGGAAAGAAUGAGGGUGGAGGCCGAGGAGGCUAUUAAGAAGGCGAAGGAAGAAGAGGAGAGGAGGACGCAGGAAGAGGAGUCUCGGAAACAGCAGGAAGAGGAAACUAGAAAGAAACAAGAGGAAGCUGCUAAAAAGAAGGAAUUAGAGGAGGCGCAGAGGAAAGCUGAUGAGGCGGAGAAGAAAAAACUAGACGAGGCGGCGAAGAAGCAUGAGGCUGAUCAGAAACAGGAGGAUGAAUGGGAUGCGGAGCGGAAGAAGCUGGAGGGCGGGCAGGCUGGAGAAAAGACGAAAUCGGAGGAGGAGCAUUAAGGGAUGGUUACUCCAAUUUUAUCACCCGUCUAUCGCCUCCACCGGACAAAAGGUUCCGCGUGUCAAGCCAACUUUACGCACGAUCAGUGGCUCUAGAGUGUCUCAGCUCGAGGAGCAAGAGGUGUUGGCGCCAUGAAG